AUGGUGGGAUCCCUGGGCAACAUUUAUCAGAGCAUGGGAGAUCUGAAGCAGCCAUCUUGUUUCAGCUCCACAAACUGGCCUCUGUUGUUGCCACCGCUUUCCCCUGCUGCUGCUGCUUCCUCCGUGGGCAGAUCGCACCGUAGAUUGUCGUCGGAAGGCAGCCUUGUGAAGGAACAGAACACUUUCAUGGUGAUGGAUGAUCUGAAGGCGAGCCCAUUGUCGUUCGCGGUCUCUGCUAUCACUAUGCUCAACAAGCUUGGUUGCAGGGAUCUUGGCGCACUGGAAGAGAAAGAGGUUGAGUUUGGAAAUCGUGAGGCGCUGGAGUUGUUGGUGGCAGCUCUGCUCUGCAUGGAUAUCCCCCGCGCGAAGACCGUGAAGGAUGUGAUGGGCGUAAUGGACGUGAUUCUCAUUCCAACCUCGACGCUCGUGAUCCUCGAGAAAGGCCGACUGAGCAACAAUGGCGUCGACAGCAGGGUCGUUCUGCUGGAGAAGGCUCGGCGCGCGGUCGCGAUCGGGAGCCGCGAGCCGCUCAAGUCGAGCACGACAAGGACGAGCGUAGCCCGCUCGCCUGCGCCGGCCCAGGUCUCACCUCCUGUUGGGCUUGCUUCGAAUGAUGAGAGCGCCCCCGAAGUCACUCCCUGCUUCCCUUCGCACACGAGUUCUUCUGGGUCGUCCUCGCCUUCAACCGUGGCAGGCCCACCACCCACUGACACCACUUUGGGCCAGCCUGAUCCGAGUCCCCCGCAGCAGCCCGUGCGCCGUGGUGAUCGCGUGCGGACACGGCCCAAGCACAUG